ACUGUGCUCCGGUUUCAGGUGAUGCAGUAAAUAGGGCUCGUAUAUAUAUGCGGACACUUGCACUGUGAUCCGAGUCCGGCUCCUUUGUUCUCGGCUCAGUUGCAUGUGCGUCCUGCGCUGGAGAGAGCCGCCCGCAGCAGCAGCAGCUGUAGGGUUACUGAGCGCUAGUCGGCCUGCCCGUCACUUUACUUCCUGUUUUCAAUUGUCAGGAGGCGGAAGAAACGGAGAAAGAAGAAAUACGAGUUGCGAGCGAAAAAAAAAAAAGCAAUCGGAGAAAAAGUGACGCUAUCAAGAGACAUGGAGAUCAAACUGACCUAAGGAAGCGAAGCGGCGUAGCAGUUGCGUGUCCAGCUGUCCGGUUAAAAGAAUUAUACAGCGGAGGAGAGCAGCGGAAUUAAGCCGAGGAAACACGCACAGCCCGCUCAGAGAAACUCAAGUUUCAGGUCGACUCGGUUGAGGCUCCACACGAGGAAGCCAGAGCCAUGGAGACGGUGCAAAUGAGGAACAACCCGCGCAGGCAACUAAAGAAGCUAAGUGAGGACAGCUUAACUAAACAGCCAGAAGAAGUCUUUGACGUUUUGGAAAAACUGGGAGAAGGGUCCUAUGGCUGCGUCUUUAAAGCGAAUUACAAAGAAACGGGUGAGAUUGUAGCAAUCAAGCAGGUUCCCGUGGAGUCAGACCUGCAGGAAAUCAUUAAGGAAAUCUCUAUCAUGCAGCAGUGUAACAGUCCUCAUGUGGUGCGGUACUAUGGAAGCUAUUUUAAGAACACAGAUUUGUGGAUAGUUAUGGAGUACUGUGGAGCAGGGUCUGUGUCGGACAUAAUCCGGCUGAGAAAUAAAACGUUAACCGAAGAGGAAAUCGCCACAAUAUUACAGUCGACUCUCAAAGGACUCGAAUACCUGCACUUCAUGAGAAAAAUCCACAGAGAUAUCAAAGCUGGGAAUAUCCUGCUGAACACAGAGGGACAUGCUAAACUGGCAGAUUUUGGUGUAGCAGGUCAGCUAACGGAUACCAUGGCUAAACGCAACACUGUGAUAGGCACUCCGUUUUGGAUGGCCCCCGAAGUCAUUCAGGAGAUCGGGUACAAUUGUGUAGCGGACAUCUGGUCCCUGGGAAUAACCACCAUAGAGAUGGCAGAAGGAAAGCCUCCCUACGCAGAUAUUCAUCCAAUGAGAGCGAUUUUCAUGAUUCCUACAAACCCUCCUCCUACGUUUAGGAAUCCGGAAGCGUGGUCUGACAGCAUGAAUGAUUUUGUGAAGCAGUGCCUUGUGAAGAACCCUGAAAACAGAGCAACAGCCACACAGCUGCUGCAGCACCCCUUUAUAAAGAGUGCCAAACCCAUCUCGAUUCUCCGAGAUCUGAUCAAUGACUCCAUAGAGAUCAAAAUCAAGCAGGACGCUCAGCUCCGGGAGCAGGACCAAGAUGAUGAAGAGAACUCUGAUGAAGAGGAGGUGGACUCGGGCACCAUGGUGAGGGCGAGCUCGGGGAGCUCGGGGAAGUCGGACACCAUGCGAGCGGCCGGCACGCUGAGCGAGGGCUCCAACACCAUGAUCCAGCACGACGGCACCAUGGAGAGCCGCAUGGGCACCAUGGUGAUCAACACUGAGGAGCAGGAGGAGGAGGAGGAGGAGGCUGGCACCAUGAAGAGGAGAGACGAGACUAUGCAGCCUGUGAAGCCCUCCUUCCUGGAGUACUUUGAGCAGAAGGAGAAGGAGAUCCAAGCCAACAGCCACAGCAACAAAAGUGAUCGAAGCAACAGCUCUUCAGAGGGCUGGAAAGUACCUCCGGAGGGAGACUUUGAAAAUAUGAGAAGCUGGACCGUGGAGGACCUGCAGACCAGGCUGACCUCCCUCGACCCGAUGAUGGAGCAGGAAAUCGAGGAGAUCCGGCAGAGGUACCAGGCGAAGAGGCAGCCCAUCCUCGACGCCAUCGACGCCAAGAAACGCAGGCAGAAGAACUUCUGAGCUUUGUGUUUUGCUUUUGAAGGGGGGGGGAGGAAUAUGGACCAUUCUUACUAGCGAGUUGUAAACAAUAUGCAAAGCAGUGACUCUGAACUCAAUGGUUGCCUUUUGUUUAGUUUUUUGGGGGUUCUACAUGUUUGUGCGUGCGUGUCUUUUUGUAUUUUCUGCAAACAUUUUUAAACUGCUGUUUCUUACUCCCAGGAGUAAUCCCCAUACAUGUUUCUUUGUUCAUGUGUGUUUCAUCGAUUCAGCUGCUGGUAUAGCAUGGUAAUCCGUGGACACUCACAACAGAGCUGUGUAUAUUUCUGAUAGGGUGUAGGUUUAGUGCACUGGGGUCUGUGCUUGUGUGUUCACAGUGAGACAUUCAAACUGAGCCUGCCAACUUCGCAUCUCCAGUUAUUGGUAUUAUUUUUUAAUGUGUUGCAAUAGCACCAUGCACGUUUGGGGAUAGCCAGACACAAUGCAAGAAAAGCACACGCUGGGAGAUUGUGGCUUGAUUAGCACUGAAGCCGUUUCACUUACUUUUCUGCUGUCCUGUCCAGCUUCAAAGGGGUUAAGCGCUCUUUCCUCGGCAGUCGGCACAGGUUUCGACCGGUAGUUUAUAAAUAUAUUCUUUAUAGGAUAAUGCUGAUCCGCUGGGAGGCUGCUGCAGAGAAAUGGAUCUCAUUUGUGGAUUCCCAGGUUUCUGAAGUGCUUCUGCCUCGGAGGGUUUUUGAAACGGACAGGGCAGUAAUUGAAUAAGCAACAAAGACUAAUGUCGGUGUGGACUGCUGUCUUCUGCCAUGCUUACUUGAUUGCUAAAACUAUCCAAGGGGUUGUUGGGAUCACACAGAACAGUAGAUCUGGGAACAAAGGACUACUUCUUAUUUAUUAUUAUUAUUAUUAUUAUUAAAGGUAUCUGAACCUUUUCAUAUAAGGGAUGAUGGAGUCAGACCUUGAGCUGGUCUUUGUAUCGUGCUGUUUGUAUGUGUUGGUUUUUCACCACACACAGGCUCGUUUUCAUGAGCUGUAAGUUAUUAGGUAUUAUGGGUUUGUAUUUACAGAUUACACAUUGAGUCUGUCUUUCUCCACUGUCCACUCCAUCCUGAAUUCUGGACUAUGCAACCCGUGUCAAACUGCCUUACACAGCCUUCAUUAGGUGUUUCGUGGUGCAGAAGUUUCUGUUUCAGUUGCCUUGACUUCUGUAAUUUGUACUCUUUUUAUAUAUCGGGAUUCCUCUUUGUUUUUUCUUUCUGUGAUUCAGCUCAGGGUACUGCUUCAGGGUUUUUUAUUUUCUAUCCAGUUCGAAAGUAGAAACAUGUCUUUUUUACAUGGCACCUGCUGUGGCUCUGCAUGUGACUCUGUUUACUGCUCUGUGAUUUGCUGAAACGUGAAGCUAAACUUGCACAAUUGUUUGGAUCCCUAGCACUGCCAGUCUGCUGUUUGGUCUUGCUAGGAACCCCUAACCGUCUCAGAAAGUGAAAUGUUCUUAAUUCGCUCUGAUAAUUACAUCUGUUGACUUGCAAAGCAAACUGAAAAGUGAACCCCUUGCAGUGUUACUGGCAUACAUUAAGGUGUGCAAGAAGUGCUAGCUGCAAAUAUUCUGCUUCUUCAUCAUAGUUGUAUGUAUAUAAAAUACAGUGUCCUGAGAUUGUAUGUGUGUGUGAGCUAGAACUAGGGUCCGGUGCCUUUUCAGAGUGACGAUUAAACAGCAGUUCAGUCUGAAACAUUAUACAAUCUAAUUUAGUAUUUCCCCCAAAUCUUUGAUAAAACAUUGAAUUCAACGUUUACGUGAGUGCAUUUCGUGAAAACUUCGACACGUGAGAAUAAAAUAGGGUACAGGUAGAAUUGCGACUGAAAUACAUGUUUUUGUUAUUCGCUUGAUUGUUAAUCUUAUUUAUGGAUAAACCUUGUUAAUAAUAAUUACAGAUAUACCUGAAAGAAGCAAUGGAAUCAUGCACGGCUGGUUAGAAAAUCGAUGCUGACUUUUUUAUUUUUUUUAUUUUUUUCCAAGGUUAAGGAAAAUCUCAAAGCGGUCCAUAAUGUUUGCUGUGUCCUUGCUGCUGUCUUAAGUUACUGGCGUAUGGUUUCAUUAUUCUUUUAUUAGCUGAAGUGGCUGGGUGCAUGCAUUUUUAAUGCAAACGCAUCUGAAAGCAAACCUCUCCCUGGAGAUCCUGCCUGUUUCAGUCUCCCUCAGCUCAGGCUUUGUUGCAGCAGUAGAGUGCGUGUGCACGUGUGCAGUGAUGAGGCUUUUGCUUGUCUGGAUCUGGUGGUAAUAGAUACUUCCUAGCCGGUGUGUUUAACUGCAGCUGGCCAGGGCUCUCUUUGGGAUUGGCUAUCAAAGGCAGGAGCAGUGUUUGUAUUUGUCUCUGUUAAUCAAGUGGACUGUCUGACCCCUUUAAUAAAUAUUAUUGCAGUGUGUGUGUGGGGGGGGGGGGGUGUGACACGGAGGAAGUCUCUCUUCUACACCGUUACCUCUUCAUUCCCUGUAUCGUACCUUCAGGAAAAAACACCAGCAGCAGAAAAGCACUGAAGAUGUUCAGAAAAAAAAACAUCAAUACACUUGUUCUGCUCAAGAUACUUUUAUUUUUAAUUUUACAGGUUGUUUUAAUUGUAACUGCUGUAUUUGUCAUCGAAAUGUAUAUACUUACAGUGUUUAAAAUGAUGUGUAUUUUCUUCUCAAAUUAUCAAUUUUGCAUUCUUGCUCGUGGAUUGUGUGUUUUUUUUUAAGAAUGUAUUUUCCUACGGCACUGAAUAAUAAAAUAAUAAAAAUACACCUGGUGUCAUAGUAGAA